GGAGGACAACCCAUUCCUUGGCGAUGUUGCAAGGUAUUGUGGGUGAACGUCGUUGAGCAAGAUGGCGGACUCAGAGGAGCAAGAGCCUACUCCGGCUCAAGAUAUCGUCGUUACGAAGUAUAAAAUGGCCGGAGAUAUGGUUAAUGCCAUCCUAAAGGAACUGUUAAAGAAAUGUGUUCCUGAAGCCUCAGUCCUGGAGCUGUGUGAAUAUGGUGACGCUCGCCUGCUGGAGGAGACUGGCAAAGUAUUCAAGAAAGACAAAGAAAUGAAAAAAGGCAUCGCCUUUCCCACAUGCAUUUCAGUGAAUAAUUGUGUGUGUCAUUUCUCGCCUUUGAAGAGCGAACCUGAUGUGCGAUUGCAAGAUGGGGACAUGGUGAAAAUUGACCUUGGUGCACAUGUAGAUGGCUUCAUCGCUGUUGCUGCUCAUACUGUCGUUAUUGGUGCCUCAAAGGAAAGCAAGGUGACAGGACGCAAAGCAGAUGUCAUGAUGGCUGCACACAUGGCCUCUGAAGCUGCACUGCGGUUGGUGAAGCCAGGAAAUGAGAACUAUCAAGUGACAGAUGGAAUUCAGAAAGUAGCUGAUUGCUACAAAUGCAAGCCUCUUGAAGGUAUGCUUUCACAUCAGCUCCUGAAAAAUGUCAUUGAUGGAGAGAAAGCUUUCAUACUGAAUCCUACUGAAGCUCAAAGGAAGGAGCAUGACAAAUGUGAAUUCCAGGUACACGAAGUGUAUGCCAUUGAUGUACUUGUCAGUUCAGGAGAAGGAAAGGGAAGAGAACUGGACACCAGAACCACGGUGUACAAAAAGAAAGACAUCAUUUAUCAGCUCAAAAUGAAAGCAUCUAGGCAGUUUUUGAGCGAGACAGACAAGAAGUUUGGUUUGAUGCCUUUUACAUUAAGGUUGUUUGAAGAUGAGAAGAAAGCAAAGAUGGGUGUGGUGGAGUGUGUAAAACAUGAUCUUAUGCAGCCUUUCACUGUAUUGUAUGAACGAGAAGGAGAGUUUGUAGCUCAGUUCAAGGUCACUGUUAUACUUAUGCCUAAUGGUCCACUGAAGAUUACUGGCCUUCCGUUUGAACCAGAGGCAUACCAGACAGAGUACAAAAUUGAGGAUGAAGAUGUGAAGACGCUGCUUGCAGCUUCAGCCUCCAGGAAAGCGGCUAAAAAGAAGAAGAAAAAGGCAGGAAAAUCAUUAGCAGAGAAUGCAGAUGCUGCUGAAGAAGAAGAAGAAGACUGAAGUGCUUAUGUACACUUUUAAUUAUGUGUUGUGCUGAACUCUUCUCUCAGUGCACACUGUGCAAAGAUUGGAAAUCUUUUAUCAGUCUUGUUCACCCACUUGAAGCACAGAAUGGCAAGGGGCUGGAGUCAGUACGACUCUCAAAUGUUUGUGGCUGAAAAUGCAGGAAUGCCAGCAGACUUUGCAGGCAAUGAAUGUUGAUGUCUUGGAUGGUGGUGGAGGCAGCAGCAUUGUGUAGAGAUAGUCUUUUUAAAGAAUUAAACAGGAAGAAAGGUUUCUGGACUUAAAAUGUC